CUCGUUUAACGGCGCCAACUAAAAAUUACAAGCACGAUCGCUUAACGCCGUUAUGCCUCCGCACUAACACCCAUUCAAAUGGCCGCCGCCGUUACCUCCGCCGUUAUCCUCCGCCCCUCUCCGUUAUCCCCCCUCCCCCUCCCCCUCCCCUUCCCCGCCUCGAUUAGGGUUAGGGUUAGGGUUUCGGCGACGAUGGCGACCGCUGUGGUUCCGGCGGUGAUCGUUGGGGGAGGGAGGGUCGGGAGGAUGCUGCAGUCGCUCGGCGGAGGCGGCGGCGACGUCCUGGUCGGCCGCGGCGAGGCGGUUCCGGCGAGCCCCGCGGGGCCGAUCUUCGUGUGCACCCGCAACGACGACCUCGACGCCGUGCUCGACGCCACGCCCCGGUCGCGGUGGAGCGAUUUGGUGUUCUUCCAGAACGGGAUGCUCGAACCCUGGUUCGAGAGCAAGGGUUUGGGCGACGCCGAUCAAGUUUUGGCUUACUUUGCGGUGUCGAAGGUCGGGGAGCCACCGGUGGAUGGGAAGACGGAUACGAAUCCGGAAGGGUUGACUGCGGCGUAUGGGAAAUGGGCACAGGCGGUGGCGGCACGGCUGCAUAGUGGAGGGCUAUCAUGCAAGGUCCUUGAAAAGGAGCCUUUCCAGAAACAAAUGCUGGAGAAACUGACAUGGAUUGCAGCGUUCAUGCUUGUCGGAGCUCGUCAUCCAGGGGCUACUGUCGGUGUUGUCGAGAAAGAUUAUCGGUCAGAGGUUUCUAGUUUAAUUGCAGAAUUAGCAUCUGCCGCAGCUGCGGAGAAAGGGAUUGCGUUUGACGAAGGCGUGGAAGAGCGGCUAUGCGCUUAUUCCAGGGCUGUUUCCCACUUCCCAACUGCUGUGAAAGAGUUCAAGUGGAGGAAUGGAUGGUUUUAUUCACUUUCCGAGAAAGCGCUUUCGCAAGGAAAGCCAGAUCCAUGCCCACUCCACACAGCUUGGCUCAAGGAGCUCAAGAUCAUAUGACAAAAGAGGGUAUCUUAUCUUCUUCUUCACUGUUGUUUGUUCCUUUUUCUUUCUCCCUUCUUUUUUCUUGUGGAAGUGCUUUUCUGAGUAGAUUAUGAAAGAUAAUUUGAUUGAGUGACUCAUCAAUCUCUCUCUGUAGCAAAAUAUUUUGUUGAGAAUGAAAAUAAUAUUUUUUUUUCUUUUUUAUGCA